AUGGUAACCGUUUCGGAUCUCGACGCUAUCAAGCAUCUGGUGUCAUAUGCUGAGAAAGCAUACAAGAAUGACGACGGCACUGAAUUUCAAAUGGCCUCAGCGGACCUGACUGGAGAACCUUCCACUUGCCGAAUGCUUCAAAUAAUAACUCCUGUGGGGAAAAGCACUCAACCUGGCCUUGUCUCUAAAAUAACCUCUAACACGUGCCUGCACUUGGGUAUCCGCAAUGGCGACACUCUAGUUCUUGCGUUCAGAGGAACCGACUUGCCAAUGAACUUAAACGACGUUCCAAAUCCAGAGCGAUGGAGAGGGUUCUGGAGUAACUGCUACACAGAUAUCUGCUACAGCUUAACAGCCCUUGAUUUUGCACAUGCAGACCGCAAUCCCAAUCAAACCAACAUUCCGGACCUUGCAGAUGUGCUUGUCCACGAAGGCUUCUUACUAGCCUUCAACAGCUUGCUGGAUGAUGGCAGGCUGCUACGUUGCAUGAGUCACCUUCAGGAGAGCAUUAAGGGUAACCAACUUAAAAACAUCGAAAUAUGUGGCCACAGUCUCGGCGGAGCAUUGGCGACGUUAUGUGCCUUGUGGUGCAGUCUACGUUUUCCAUCUGCCAAGAUUACCUGCGUUACCUUGGGCUCACCUAGAGUUGGAAAUGAAAAUUUCCGCGCAGUGUUUGAGAGUCGCGGAAUUGACUGUUAUCGACUUGUGAAUGCUUCCGACCCAAUACCAACGAUACCCGAUAGAUAUACCGAGCUCAUUCCUCUACGGAUCAGUCCCAAUAAUCCGAAGUCGCACAUCAGGCAGAGGUCUUACCAGCACACUGGCAAAGCAGUCUGGCUACACGUUGGCCAAGAAAUAGUCCUCGAGCAAGAUCCGUACAGCAUGUUUACGACUAAGGAUUCGCCUGAGAUACAGCGCGAAGAAGAUGGAGAAGAGGGCGGGGAGCUUGCUUCGCUCCGCAGGUGGGGAGUACUCUCUUGGCGAUGGGCUCCAUAUUGGACAUGGAGGGUUUGGCGAAUCCUUAGGAAUCUCCCGGACCACCAUCCUACUAGGUACGUCAUGGCGGUGGGGAAAAUACUGAACGCUUCCAGGUAG